AAUAGAAGCAGUAAUAAUAUUAAUGAACCACACACACCCACCCACCAAUCAACUUAACUUAGUUUCUCUUUUGUCCUCUCUCUUUUCAAAUUUCAAACUUCAAACACUUCAUGGGUUGCGUCUCUUCUAAUUUGUUUAACCACGAAGACGAGUUUCCCCAACUCGCUAACUCAGCACUCGGCGUCGGCCACCACAUCGUUUCUCUAACAUCCACCACUUAUGGCCUUCUCAGCACCCUCGAUCCACCUAAACCCCUCCGCUCCGAACCUGAAGUCAUCAACUCUUGGGAACUCAUGGAAGGCCUCGACAAUAACACCGAAAGCUUCCGUUUCUUUCCUCUCCCAAAACCCUUUCACCCAAACCUCAUCGAUACUACUCCUUCUAAAUCAUUCCAAAAACCCGGUUCGGUUCUCUCGGACCGGUUCCAGAGAAUUUGUCCACCAAACGGCGAAAACAAAGUGGUUAUCUAUACGACGACGUUGAGAGGCGUUCGUACAACAUUCGAAGCUUGCAAUGCUGUGAGAUCAGCUUUCGAUUCCUUCGGCGUUCAAAUCUGCGAGCGUGACGUGUCGAUGGAUAGCGGGUUUAAAGAAGAACUUAAGGAACUUCUGAAGGGGAAAGAGAAAGAAUCAACGGUGAUUGUUCCUCCGAGAGUUUUUGUGAAGGGAUUCUAUAUUGGUGGUGCUGAAGAGAUGUUGAAGGUUGUUGAAGAAGGUUUGUUGGGAGAGGUUCUUUAUGGUUUGCCUAGAAAAGUUGUUGGAGCUGUUUGUGAAGGUUGUGGUGAUAUGAGAUUCUUGCCUUGUUUUCGUUGUAAUGGAAGCUGUAAGAUGGUUAUAGUUAGGGAUCAUAAACAGGGGACUACUACUACUCUUGUUGUUAAGUGUACUGAUUGUAAUGAAAAUGGCUUAGUUUUGUGUCCUCUUUGUAGUUAGUUCAUCUUCAUUGUAACUCUUCUACGGUGAAUUCUCUCACUUCACUUUGGGCUAUUUAUGUGCACUCAAUCUUUACUUAAAUCAUGCUAUUUUUCCUUUUUC